AUGAUUCGAAUAUUUCUCGAUGAAAGCAUCAUUAACAUCACUCAUGUUUUGAUCAUCGAGCUAGCAGCCCCUACCUACACCUUCCUAACCAACAUACCACUGCUCAACCAAAUCGCUGGAGUAAAAAGAUUACUGAAGGCACCUCACAAAUUGGAAGACUGCACACUGCAACUGUAUAGGUGCGAGGGAUCGUCACACGAGUAUGCAUCCUAUCUGGACCUCGAUACUCCACUCGAAGAACAAUCGGAAGAGUUGGAAGGAUUCAUGGAAAGCAAAAAAAGUUCGUUGAUUUUACGAACGCAAAUAACGGUACGUGUUCACACGAUCAUAGAAAGAUUGCUGAACUCAUCGGGCAGAGAGCUGAGAAGAGCUCUCUUCUCUCUCAAACAACUUUUCCAAGAUGAUAAAGAUCUGGUGCACCAGUUUGCAAACAGUGAUGGCCUGGACUGUUUAAUAAAAGUCGGUGAUGAAACUGAUGCUAACUAUCAAAAUUAUAUUCUCAGAGCCAUCGGGCAAGUGAUGUUGUACGUGGAUGGUAUGAAUGGAAUCGUAAAUCAUAACGAAACAAUACAGUGGCUCUAUUCUUUACUCUCAUCUAAGUCAGCUCAAGUCUCGAAAACCGCUAUUAAGUUGUUGUUGGUCUUUGUGGAAUAUAACGAAACGAACGUCAACUUUUUACUGAAAGCUGUCAACACGGCAGAUUGUGGAAAGGGCAACAAAGCUUGGAAGAGGGUGAUCGACAUUCUGUCGGAUCAGGAUGGAAACGAUGAUGUGGAGUUGAAAAUCUUCGCCAUGACCCUCAUCAACAGGACCCUCAACGGCAUUCCAGACCAGGACACGUACUACGACGUUGUGGAUUCCCUGGAAGAGCAGGGUCUCGAAUCUAUCAUUAGAAGGAACCUAGAGGAUAAAAAUUGUGAUCCUGAAUUUGCGGAACAGUUGAACACUUACGAAACUGUCCUCAGCAGUGAAGAUGGCAACGCAACUGAAAAUCUGGCAAACAUCGUCAACAUUAGACAGUCGUUAAGGAAGAGACGAGAUGAAUCGAUGCUGCGUAGGAGGAGCAGACGAUUUAGUACCGGAAGUGCAUUCGACGAAACAUUCAAACCUACCGGAAAUAAAGGACAACAAAAACAUCAAAACGAACAACUAUCAACACGAUAUGCACGGCAGCCGAAAUCCUCAAGUAACAACAGCCUCUCAUCAAACAAAAAGUGGAUGCUCUACAAAAUAUCCAAACACGGCGGUGACGAUGACGAGAGCCAACAGCAAGAGUCAGGUGACGAUGAAGAUGAUGACGACAACAAACAAGGCGGACUGGGAAGUCUUCUUAGCAAGGCCAAACAAUCGCUGGGUGCCAAAAAAGUAGCAAGAGGUCCCACCGUUCCAAAACUACCCCCAAAGUCAGAGGCGGAUUUGCAGUGGGAACAGAUUGAGAAGAGCAUGAAGAGGCCUUUGAAAAUUAAAAAUGUUGAUUUCACGGAGUUGACGGAAGCGGAUGAAGUUGAUUACGUAUCCAUCCAACCAGGAGUGGCCAAUUCAUCGUUAGGACCCUUACCACUUGGUCCUCCGCCAUUCAACAUGAUGGGUGGAUUGCCUCCACUACCACCACCACUACCACCACCACUACCUCCACUUUCAGGAGGGCACGGACCUCCUCCUCCUCCUUUGCUACCCCCUGCUUUAUCUUUCAACAGUUUGCCUCCUCCACCACCACCAUUAAUGGGUGGCUUGCCCCCACCUCCACCACCACCAUUAAUGGGUGGCUUACCACCACCGCCUCCAUUAUUUGGUGGAUUAGCACCCCCACCCCUUUCGCAUGAUAACAAACCAGCUGCUAAAAAGACAAUAAAAUUGCAUUGGAAGGAAGCGAACGCCAGUUAUGUUCUUCCGUCUGGCAAACAAUCCGACACGUUUUGGACGAGUGUGGUGAAAGAAUUGGGACCCGUCAAAGUUGAUUCAGAAAAAGUGGAACAAUUGUUUGCUUCAAAAACUGUAGAAUUAAAAACAAAGAAACAAGAAGGCGCCAAAAAGGAACUUGCCAUUUUGGAUCCCAAACGAUCAAACGUCAUCAACAUCGGCCUCACUGCUCUGCCGCCACCGCGGACCAUCAAGACGGCCAUCUUGAAAAUGGAUUCUGCCAUCCUGAAUAGAGAAGUUAUAGAGAAACUGCUGAACACUAUGAUUCCGACGGAGGACGAAAAGACAAGAAUACUUGAUGCCCAAAAGCAGAACCCAGAGCUGACUUUAGGAAAUGCGGAACAGUUCUGUCUGACACUCAGCUCCAUUUCCAACCUGAAUGAUCGACUGAAGUUGUGGCUGUUCAAACUGGAUUUCGAUACCAUAGAAAAUGAAAUAGCAGAACCUAUGUACGAUUUGAAGCAGGGCAUCGAAGAACUAAGGAAAAGUAAGGCCCUCAAACAAAUUCUCGCAACCAUGCUCACUAUUGGAAACUUUCUCAACGGCUCCGAGGUUAAAGGUUUCACGAUUGAGUACCUUUCGAAAAUUCCAGAGAUCAAGGAUACAGUGCACAAACAUUCGCUGCUCUAUCACCUCUGCAACGUUAUACUCGAUCAAUUUCACGACACCACCGAUCUAUUUUCCGAAAUUGGGUCAAUAUCCCGGUGUUCAAAGGUUGAUUGGGACGAAAUGCUCUCCAAAUUAUCCAAACUGGAAAGUGACUGCAAGUUAUCAUGGGAAAACCUGAACAUCAUCAUCAAGAAUGAUCCUGGUGCAAACGCUAAGAAUAAAUUAUCCGACUUUCUAUUUGAAUGCGCUGAGCGUAUCGUCAUAUUGAAAUUUAUCCUCAAACGACUCAUGAACAGGUUCAGCAAAUUUCUCCUCUACCUCGGUUACACUUCUGACGGAGCACGCGAGGUGAAGGUCACACCAUUCUGUAAGGUCAUCAGUGAGUUCGCCCUUGAAUAUCGAACCAUGAGGGAUAAGCUAAUGCUUCAACGUGCCAAAAAAGUCAAUGAGUCGGAGAGGAAAAAGACGAGGGGGAAGAUGAUUGUCGAAACGGAUAAAUUUGCAGCCAAAACACGGACCCUACCUCUGGAAAGGGAAAGAGACGCCGACUUGAAGAUGCUACUCGGCAAGGGAAUGUCAGACAACAGUACAAAUUCGUUGCUUCUAUCAGGUGUUAAGGCGAGGAAGAAGAACGUUCUAAACACAGCCCAGGCCAACACAUUGCGUAGGCCAUCACGAACGGGUAGCAAGCAUACGACUGGACACGGCUCAGAGACAGAAGGGGUCGAUGAUAUUUUAGAAGCUGUCGUCAAAUCGGCCACAAAAUCGAACGCCGACGCCGUCACGGGCAAGCCGGCGCAGAGGAUUAAAACGUCGGAAAGGAAGUCUUGGAGGAGUUACAAUUAUAAUUAAAGACGAAAGCCGACCGACCGUAUGGCAAAAUUGUUGGUAGACCUCUCGAUGAACGGGCUUAUGAGCUGAGUCGGCUCUGAAUGAAUAAACAGAAUAUAAAUUUCUCGUUAUGAAUGAAUGUUGUUUCCGUCCCAGUAUAAUAAAAUUUAAUUUUUAUUUUAUUAUAAACUAAAUAAAUUACUAAUUAGUGAUAAACAACGAUUAUGCCUGGCAAGGAAUGAAUGGUGUUGUUUGUUUUCAGUGCAGAUUCUCAAGGACGUUAAAAAUAAUUAAAAAUGAUAAUC